UUUUAAUUCAGACAUCGAUGUACUUGUACAGUGGGACAAGGAUAAGUCAAAAAAUGUGGUCUCAGCCAAAGACUUGAUUUCGCCGUCAAAACUGAAAAAAGGAUCAAAGGUGUCAAUGCUAUGGGGAAAGGAGAAAUGGAACGGCAUAAUAAUAGAAAUUAAAUCGGAAUCCAGUUCAUCAGGCUCUGAAUCUGACGACGUCCCCAUUGCAACAUACUGUAACACACAUGAAGGAAGCCGUAACAGUCCAAAAGAAACAAGACCUUCAAACGAGCACCGUCCAGGAUCCUGUGAUAAUUUCACUUGUAGAAAAGAGGUUUGGGCAGCAUGUCCAACUUGCUUAUGCUUCCUCUGUUAUGAUCAUUUUACAUUAUCAGAUAAAU